CAGUGAGUACUAAGCUCUUGUCGCGCGUGCAGUGCCGUGCUGUGUAUGUGUCUCACUACAGGAUACUCGCGUGUUCAACUACCCCCGUCAUGAUACCAAGGGGCCUCGUAUGGGGCUGUCUAUUGUCGCUGCUGGUCCGCUGCGGACAACCCAUCCAAUACACUCCCCUGGACACGAACGGUGGGGAGUGCGCGCUGCUCCUGGGGAGGGACAGGUCGUCACUGUAUGAGUACAGCACAAACCUACUCAGAGGGACGCUAGGAUAUGGCGGCGGACAAACGUGCAUAACAUAUGAUGCAGUCAAUCAAGCAUAUAUAGAAGCUAGGAAAAGAAUACAUGUGACGGUGCCGCCGGUGGAGCGUGAGUGGAAGACCGAGGAGAUUGCCAAAGUGGGCGAACUGCUGCUGGACAUCUCCGCCCAACUCACCAAAACAUAUGGUUUGACCAUGGAAGAAGUCGAGACGGGGCUCCCGCAGAUCGAUACGUCCAAGACACUUAUCCAAGAGGUCUGUCCGCCCUACCUCUCCAACGUGGAGUGUCAUGCGGGCAAGUAUCGUCGACUAGAUGGUCUCUGCAACAACAUCAACAACCCUUCCUGGGGCGCCACCAUGACACCCUUUACCAGGCUCGUCCCUCCUCAGUUCGCGGAUGGAUUGAAUGCACCUCGCCAGUCUGUGCUGGGUCAUUCUCUGCCGCUGCCCAGGAUCGUCUCACGCACCAUGCAUCCUGACGAGGGGUACCACGAUCACGCUGGCACUGUCAUGGUUGUCGCCUGGGGACAGUUCAUGGACCACGACUUCACUCUCACAGCGACACCUCUCGACGCUCGCAACAAGAACGACCCUGAGGAAUGCUGUGACAGACCUCCCCACUUGAAGCACCCUUACUGCCUGGAGAUUGUCGUGCCCGAUGAUGACUACUUCUACAGAGGAUACAAGGUGAAGUGCAUGGACUUCGUGCGUUCCUUCCCUUCCGUCAGACCAAACUGCCGCCUUGGAUCUAAAGUACCGUACAACACUCUGACUGGAGUCAUUGAUGGAAACACAGUGUAUGGAGUGAAUGAUGCGUUUGGAAGACAUCUGAGGUCAGGCUAUGGUGGUGAGCUAAGAAUGAACCCCGUGUUCAGUGAGUAUGGCCUCAAGGACCUCCUCCCACUCAAGCUGGACAUCCCGGACGAAGGCUGCACCCGUACCAACAGCUCCCAGUUCUGCUUCGAGGCCGGAGAGAUACGAGUGAACGAGCAGCUGGUGCUGACGUGUAUGCACACUCUGAUGGCACGUGAACACAACCGAGUGGCGAGGGGUCUGUCGACAAUCAACCCCCACUGGGACGAUGAGACCCUCUAUCAGGAGGCAAGACGCAUCGUGAUCGCGGAGAUUCAGCACAUCACAUUCAACGAGUUCCUGCCCAUCAUCCUGGGCAAGGACGUCAUGGAGAAGUUUGGCCUUAUGCUGCAGAAGGAGGGCUACUGGGACGGCUACGAUCCAAAUGUGAACCCCAAUAUCAUCGCCGCGUUCUCCGCUGCCGCCUUCAGGUUCGGGCACUCCCUGCUGCCCACCGCAGUUGAGAGGUGGAGUAAGGCACACAAGUUCAUCUCUUCAAAGAGGCUGUCAGACCUGAUUCGUCGGCCGUAUGAUCUGUACCGAGCUGGGGUGCUGGACGAGUACCUGAUGGGACUGAUGAACCAGGUGGCUCAGGCUAUGGAUGAUUCAAUAACACAAGAGGUGACUAAUCACCUGCUGAAAAAGCCAGGUAACCGUUUCGGAUUGGAUUUGGUGGCUUUCAACAUGCAGAGAGGCCGUGAGUUUGGUGUACCAGGAUACAUGCAGUACAGAAAGUUCUGUGGACUGCCCACUGCUGAGUCAUUUGAGGAAUUAUUUGGAAGCAUGCCGAACUCUACUGUCUACAGAUAUGCCUCAAUAUUUGCACACCCCAGUGACGUCGACCUGUGGUCCGGUGGAGUCUCAGAGCGUCCACUACCGGGAUCCAUGAUCGGACCUACCUUCGCCUGUAUCAUCGCCACCCAGCUGAGCUUCGCCAGAAGAGGUGACAGGUUCUGGUACGAGUUGCCCAAUCAGCCAUCUUCCUUCACCCCUGAACAACUACAAGAGCUGCGGAAGAUAAAGCUGUCAAGGAUUAUGUGUGACAACACGGACCUGCUAGACACUGUGCAGAUCUACCCCAUGGUGCUGCCUGACCACGAGAUCAACCCACGAGUUCCCUGCAAGGCGGGAAUCAUCCCCUCCAUAGACCUGACCAAAUGGGCAGAGUUCCCCAACCCCGCCCACUACGUGAGUAAUUAUGCCGAAGACUUCGCCUCUCUCCUGAAGAAGUGACGCACACUGCUUAGCAUUUAGCAGGGGUUGAGUGUACAUAGGCGUCAUACAUCUUGUAUAUUGGUACCAUCUCUUCAGUUCACCCUAGCUCCCUUUGAGUUUUUUCAAUGGACCUAAAGACAAUUCUUCUCACCUAACCUUUUUACAAUUUUGCGAAUGUACAUGUUAAUAUGAAUAAUGAGAUAUUCACGGAAUCAAGAUUUUAAUUAUACAAAAAAUCUGUUAUAGAAACUUGUUUUAAAAUUUUGGUUUGAAAAAAAAAAUUAAACUAAGGAAUAAUUGUUAUUAUUUGGUACACAUUGUUUGCAAUGUUCGGAAAUACGACGUCAAUUGUCAACUAUGAACAUUUGAACAAUGUCAAUAAUUUCUAAUCCUAAUAAUAUUUUAAAAAGUUAUACAAGAAGUGCGGUUUUAAGGAAUAUGUAAAAAAUUUCACAUUAUAAGCAAAAACGUAUUAGCUGUCCUCACAUAAAACCGUAAAGCAUUUUCAAACACGAGUGUUAUCUUUUUAGGUUAUUGUGUAUGAGAAAUAUUCAGAUUAUUAACACGUUAAAAAAUCGUUUCAAAGCACAGAACUUCAUCGAAAACAUGUAAACAUUAAAAACAUGUAAUCUAGUUGUUAACUUGAGAAAAAUUUUUUAACUUACGUGUAUAUUGGUCCCGUAAUUUACCGUAUGCUGUAUUUAUUUACUUUAUUUAAUAUUUAAUAUGUGUGUUAAUUUAUAACUUAAAACACAUCUGACAUCAAAAAAGUAUAGAAGGAAACCCGAAACUCGUUUUAAUAUCCUAAACUAAAAUUCUUGAACACGUUUAGAAUGAAAUUCGUUAAUUUAAACUCGUGCCUGUGACCUCUUACACAUCAAAGUACAAAACUAUUUUAAGACACAGCUUAUGGUGUUGCCAUCAUUUUUAAAUCUGGUUGUGCCAAAAUUAGAAUAAGAUAAUACAGGAAUCCUGUGUUGCCUAAAUCCCAUUAUUCUCUAGUAUUAAGAUUUUUAUAAAAUGAGAAUGUAUUGCGUAAGACAAAUGUUUUGCUUUAAACAAUACGUUUUGGUUAUGGUGUAUUGUGGUACAUUACACUGUUGCUUGCUUUCAUAUUAUUUAUUUUUAUUAUUGUAAAUAUUACGUGAUACACUAUUAAAAUAUAUUAACGUGGAACACACUUAUAAAUUAUUUGUGACUGUAAGAUAUUUUUUAACAAUAUACCGGCAAUUAAUUAACCAAUCUACUUAAUCGAUUUAAUUUGGCUGAUUUUACUAGAUGUACCAGAUAGGGUUAAAAUUUACUAGUAAAUCACCGGUCAAAUAAUUAGUAUUUCAAGUAUUUAUUGAUGUACAAUGUUUAUUUUUUUAUGAUUAAAAAAAUUAGUAAAUUUACUAAAACUAUGUUUAAAAUUUAGUAGAAAGCCAUAGUAAUAUUAGUAAAAUAUAUUAGUAAAUAUAUUAGCAAAAACCUUUACAUUAAAAAUAUUUUACAGGAAAUUAUAUUAUUUCUGUUGCGUUUUAAUGAUAAAAUUAGCCUUAAAAAUAAUAUAUCCUUUUAGGGAACUGUUUUAUUGUAUUUCAAAAUGGAAAAAAUGGAGGGAACGUUAUGUAAGUAAGACUUAAUUCAUCAUCAUUUCAUAUUUCAUGAGAUAUAAGCGGAGAAAAUCAUAUGGAAAAUUGAGACAACCAUUAUUUUGGACAAUUUUGUCUUGUUUGAUUACAUUAUAUCUUAACAAUCAAACUUUUGCCAUACCAUAGUGUUAAUUAAUGUUACCACUGCCAUUAUCAGUUUCGAUUGUACGCUGUUGUAAAAUAUUUUAUAUUCAUUUUACUUUAAGUAAUUUUUGUGUUAGUUUUAUACGAGUAUUUUGUAUUGAAUGAAUGAUUGAUAUUGUAGUUCAUGUUUACUAUGUAAAGAUUGGCUGGCUUGUCGUGUAUUGUGAAUAAUAAAAUUUAUAGCAAUUG